CCAUGAAACUGGAGAUCUUUGCUCCGCGAUACGAGGACAAGCUCAGCGGCCCCAGCUGCAGCGACCAGGAAGGCGGUAGCGAAGCUUCCCCGCGGGCAGCCGAGAGCGAGCUGGGCUCCGACGGGGAUUGCGCGGCGCUCAGUCCGGCCAGCGGCGCCGGGCCUUCGCCGGGAGAGGAGUGUAAAGCGGCGCCGGGGCUGUCGGGAAAGCCUUACACGCGCCGGCCGAAGCCGCCCUACUCUUACAUCGCUUUGAUCGCCAUGGCCAUCCGGGAUUCGGCCGGCGGCCGCCUGACCCUGGCCGAGAUCAACGAGUACCUGAUGGGCCGCUUCCCUUUCUUUCGCGGCGCCUACACGGGCUGGCGCAACUCGGUGCGCCACAACCUGUCGCUCAACGACUGUUUCGUCAAGGUGCUGCGAGACCCGGCCCGGCCGUGGGGCAAGGACAACUACUGGAUGCUCAACCCCAACUCCGAGUACACGUUCGCCGACGGCGUGUUCCGCAGGAGGAGGAAGCGGCUCAGCCGGCCGGGGCUCGCUUUGGCCGCCGUCGCCGGCGACGGCUCCCCUUCGGCUCAGCCGUCCCCGGCGCCCGCUUCCCCGAGUGCCGAUCGGAAAAGCCCCUCGGGGGAAGCGGGCGCGGCGGGGGCCGUCGGGGGUGGCGCCUCGGCCUCGAAAUUCUCUAGCCCUUUCGCCAUCGAGAGCCUCCUGAGCCGGCCGUUCCAGCCUUCCGAAGAGCAGCCGCGGUCCCCCGCGAGGCCGGUGGGAGACCGGGCGGUGGCGUGGGCCGCCCCCGCGGGCUAUUCCCGACUCCUCGCUCAUCCGGCCGUCUCUUACGGCGUCGUCCCUACUUUCCCACUGGCGGCGGGCUCGGCCCUUUACCACUACGGCCUCCCGGAUCCUCUGCUGCUGGAGGCCCCCAAGGGAAAGGCCUUGAGCGGCCGCGAUCCCCACCACCCUUUCCACGCGAGACCCUCGUACUUCUCCUCCGCCCGGCUCUCUUCGGCGCAGCUGCACACGCUGAGCGUUUCUCCGCUCUACUGCCCCCUGCGGCUGCCCAGCUCACUGCAGCAGAUGGCGGCCGCUCAUCCCAACACCUACAGGCCUUAUCAUGCAUCAGAGACACUAUCGGUGUAA